UUGGACCCAGAGGCGGAGCCGGGCGAGGGCGGGGUGGUGGAGUCACUUGACUCCACCCUCUCGCCCGACCGCCGCCAUGUUUAGUUGUUACUUCUUCACACAAGAUGGCUGCUCCCAGGGAGGCGGCAUGAGCGCCCUGCCGUUACCGCUCCUCCUGCCGUACAGUUGUCACUGCAGGGCUUAACUCUGACUCUUUGCAGUGGCUCCUGUGGGAAAGAGUCCUAAAAAGGGAAGCGAGGAUCGGACGCUGCCUUGCGUUAGGUUUGCUCUGGAAGAACUGAUCCAGGAGGAAGAGAAUAGGGGGGAAGGGGAAGCUAGUCUCAAGAUGGCGGCUCCCAGGGCGGCAGGCGCAGCCUGAACAACUGAGGCGGACUCGAGGGAGAGGUGCGAGGCUCCACGGGCCGUACGGUGCGGGGCCCCCGACCAGCCCCAUCCCCACCCUGAGAAUUCGAGCAGGUUCCACCAGCCUCUGACGUGCCUUUAUUUCUUAGGAACGUUGGGGCUACUCUGCAGUCGGUGCUGGGCGGGGAAUAGGGACGGUCGCAAGAUGGCGGCUUCCACAAUUGUGGUCUGAGUGCCGGCGGGUCUGGGACGAUCGCGGCGCUGGUGGCUCUUUUCCACCCGCCCCGGAAGCCAGCCAGCGCUAGGCACUUGGGGGUGUGGGAACCGGGCCGGGGCUCCGCCAUUUCCGGCGGGGGAGGGCUACGAUUGAGGAAGGGAGGAGAGAGAGGCGGCUCAAGAUGGCGGCUCCCAGAGCCUCCUGCCCGAGCUUCUGAGCGAGAACACCCGGACAAAUAGUUAGGGGAGCGGCACUCAGUGGCCUCCAGCUUCUCGGGCCUAGGUGCUCAACAGUGCCGAGCAGCUUUUAAGGAGGCGAGUCGAGUGAGUAGGAGGAGAAGAGCCAAAGGGAAGGAGGGUAGUUAAGAUGGCGGCCUCCAUAGAGUCGUCCACCGCUGUGUGAGGAGCCGCUUCUCUAAGAGACCUGCCUUAGACGAAAGGGGGUGUGUGAGGAAUUAAGGGUCUCCCUCCCGCUCAGAGACACCUUCCCCUCGCACCCUUAGUCGGAACUAUGGCUUCAGCGGUGUCCCCCGCCAACUUGCCAGCGGUGCUGCUGCAGCCUCGCUGGAAGCGAGUGGUGGGCUGGUCGGGUCCGGUGCCCCGACCCCGCCACGGCCACCGUGCCGUGGCCAUCAAGGAGCUCAUCGUGGUGUUCGGAGGCGGCAACGAAGGCAUAGUGGACGAGCUACACGUGUACAACACUGCAACCAACCAGUGGUUCAUCCCAGCUGUGAGAGGGGAUAUCCCUCCAGGGUGUGCAGCCUAUGGCUUCGUGUGUGACGGUACUCGCCUGCUGGUGUUUGGUGGGAUGGUGGAGUAUGGGAAAUACAGCAACGACCUCUAUGAGCUGCAGGCAAGUCGCUGGGAAUGGAAGAGACUCAAGGCAAAGACGCCCAAAAACGGGCCUCCCCCGUGUCCUCGGCUUGGGCACAGCUUCUCCCUUGUGGGCAACAAAUGCUACCUGUUCGGGGGUCUGGCCAAUGAUAGUGAGGACCCCAAGAACAACAUUCCGAGGUAUCUGAAUGACUUAUAUAUCCUCGAACUACGACCAGGCUCUGGAGUGGUAGCCUGGGACAUCCCCAUCACUUAUGGGGUCCUGCCUCCACCCCGGGAGUCACAUACUGCUGUGGUUUACACUGAAAAAGAUAACAAGAAAUCCAAGCUGGUCAUCUAUGGAGGGAUGAGUGGCUGCAGACUGGGGGAUCUCUGGACCCUGGACAUAGAGACGCUAACAUGGAAUAAGCCCAGCCUUAGUGGGGUAGCGCCCCUUCCUCGAAGUCUCCACUCUGCAACCACCAUAGGAAACAAAAUGUAUGUAUUUGGUGGCUGGGUGCCUCUUGUCAUGGAUGACGUCAAAGUGGCCACACACGAGAAGGAGUGGAAGUGUACCAACACGCUGGCUUGUCUCAACCUGGAUACCAUGUCCUGGGAGACUAUCCUGAUGGACACACUCGAAGAUAACAUUCCCCGUGCUCGAGCUGGCCACUGUGCAGUUGCCAUCAACACCCGCCUAUACAUUUGGAGUGGGCGUGAUGGCUAUCGCAAAGCCUGGAACAACCAGGUCUGCUGCAAGGAUCUGUGGUAUCUAGAGACAGAAAAGCCACCACCCCCAGCCCGUGUACAACUAGUACGAGCCAACACCAAUUCACUGGAGGUUAGCUGGGGUGCAGUGGCAACAGCCGACAGUUACCUUCUACAGCUCCAGAAAUACGACAUUCCUGCCACGGCUGCUACGGCCCCCUCCCCCACUCCCAAUCCAGUCCCAUCUGUGCCUGCCAACCCUCCCAAGAGCCCUGCGCCAGCAGCAGCUGCACCUGCUGUGCAGCCACUGACCCAAGUAGGCAUCACACUCCUGCCCCAGGCUGCCGCUGCACCCCCAAGCACCACCACCAUCCAAGUCUUGCCGACAGUGCCAGGCAGCUCCAUUUCUGUGCCCACUGCAGCCAGGACUCAAGGUGUUCCUGCUGUUCUCAAAGUGACUGGACCUCAGGCUACAGCAGGAACCCCACUGGUCACCAUGCGACCUGCCAGCCAGGCUGGAAAAGCCCCUGUCACUGUGACCUCCCUGCCUGCCAGUGUGCGAAUGGUUGUGCCCACACAGAGCACCCAGGGGACGGUGAUUGGCAGCAACCCCCAGAUGAGUGGGAUGGCUGCAUUGGCUGCUGCUGCCGCUGCCACACAGAAGAUCCCUCCUUCCUCAGCACCCACAGUACUGAGUGUUCCAGCAGGUACCACCAUUGUCAAGACUGUGGCUGUGACACCUGGCACAACUACCCUUCCAGCCACUGUGAAAGUGGCCUCCUCCCCUGUCAUGGUGAGCAAUCCAGCCACUCGCAUGCUGAAGACUGCAGCUGCUCAGGUGGGGACAUCUGUGUCCUCUGCUGCCAACACAUCUACCCGACCUAUCAUCACAGUACACAAGUCAGGGACUGUCACAGUGGCCCAGCAAGCCCAGGUGGUAACCACGGUGGUAGGUGGAGUCACCAAGACCAUCACUCUUGUGAAGAGCCCCAUCUCUGUCCCAGGAGGCAGUGCUCUGAUUUCCAAUCUGGGAAAAGUGAUGUCAGUGGUCCAGACCAAACCAGUUCAGACUUCAGCAGUCACAGGCCAAGCAUCUACAGGCCCUGUGACUCAAAUCAUCCAGACCAAAGGGCCCCUGCCAGCAGGAACUAUCCUAAAGCUGGUGACAUCAGCAGACGGCAAGCCCACAACCAUCAUCACCACUACACAGGCUAGUGGGGCAGGAACCAAGCCCACCAUCCUGGGCAUCAGUAGCGUGUCCCCCAGCACCACCAAACCUGGCACAACCACCAUCAUCAAGACCAUCCCCAUGUCAGCCAUUAUCACCCAGGCGGGCGCCACAGGUGUUACCAGCAGUCCUGGCAUCAAGUCCCCCAUCACGAUUAUCACCACAAAGGUCAUGACUUCAGGAACAGGAGCACCAGCCAAAAUCAUCACUGCUGUCCCCAAGAUUGCCACUGGCCAUGGGCAGCAAGGGGUGACACAGGUGGUGCUAAAGGGGGCCCCUGGACAGCCAGGCACCAUCCUUCGUACUGUGCCCAUGGGCGGCGUUCGCCUGGUCACCCCUGUCACCGUCUCCGCUGUCAAGCCAGCCGUCACCACAUUGGUUGUGAAGGGUACCACAGGUGUCACAACCCUAGGCACGGUGACUGGCACUGUCUCCACCAGCCUUGCAGGAGCUGGGGCCCACAGCACCAGUGCCUCCUUGGCCACACCUAUCACCACCUUGGGCACCAUUGCUACUCUCUCAAGCCAGGUGAUCAACCCCACAGCCAUCACAGUGUCUGCUGCACAGACCACACUGACAGCUGCUGGUGGGCUCACCACGCCCACCAUCACAAUGCAGCCUGUCUCCCAGCCUACCCAGGUGACUCUGAUCACAGCACCCAGUGGGGUUGAGGCCCAACCUGUGCAUGACCUUCCUGUGUCCAUUCUGGCCUCACCUACUACAGAACAGCCCACAGCCACAGUCACCAUUCCUGACUCAGGCCAAGGUGAUGUACAGCCUGGUACUGUGACACUGGUGUGCUCCAACCCACCCUGUGAAACCCAUGAGACAGGCACCACCAAUACAGCCACCACCAGUGUUGUGGCUAACCUUGGGGGACACCCUCAGCCUACCCAGGUACAGUUUGUUUGUGACAGACAGGAGGCAGGUGCUUCUCUUGUGACCUCAGCUGUGGGACAACAGAAUGGUAACAUGGUCCGUGUCUGCUCAAACCCUCCCUGUGAGACCCAUGAGACGGGUACCACCAACACUGCCACAACAGCCACCUCCAACAUGGCUGGGCAGCACGGCUGCUCGAAGCCACCCUGCGAGACUCAUGAGACAGGCACCACCAGCACUGCCACUACGGCCAUGUCCAGCAUGGGUGCUGGGCAGCAGCGAGAUGCUCAUCGUGCCUCCAGUACCCCCACUGUGGUGCGGAUCAGUGUGACUCCUGGAGCGUUGGAAAGAGCCCAGGGUACUGUGAAGUCCCAAUGCCAAACCCGCCAGACCAGUGUGACCAGCACCACCAUGACUGUGCAGGCCACCGGAGCCUCUUGCUCAGCUGGCCCACUGCUUAGGCCAAGUGUGGCGCUGGAGGCUGGGGCCCACAGCCCUGCCUUUGUGCAGCUGACCUUUCCAAGUGGGAGAGCUGGGCUGAGUGGCCCCAGCAGCAAAGACAUGCCCACAGGGCACCAGCUAGAGACUCAUCAUACUUACACAACCAACACCCCAACCACAGCCCGCUCUAUCAUGGGCUCUGGGGAGCUGGGUGCAGUUCGAGUGGUCCCCACAUCUGUAUAUGAGAGUCUCCAGACCAGCUCUCCCAGCACCACCAUGACUGUGACAUCCUUGGAGGCACUGCUGUGCCCCUCAGCCACCGUGACCCAAGUCUGCUCCAACCCACCAUGUGAGACCCAUGAGACGGGCACCACCAACACCGCCACUACCUCCAAUGCAGGCAGUGCCCAGCGAGUAUGCUCCAACCCACCCUGUGAGACUCACGAGACGGGCACCACCAACACCGCCACCACUGCCACUUCCAAUGGUGCAGGCCAGCCCGAGGGUGGACAGCAACCUGCUGGUGGCCGUCCCUGUGAGACACACCAGACCACUUCCACUGGCACCACCAUGUCAAUCAGUGUGGGUGCCCUGCUUCCUGAUGCCACCCCAUCUCAUGGGACCCUGGAGUCUGGCUUGGAGACAGCAGUGGCUGCCACAUCUCAGGCUGGUGCCACAUUGCUGACUCCCUUCCCAACACAGAGGGUUUGCUCUAACCCUCCUUGUGAGACCCAUGAGACAGGUACCACACACACAGCCACCACUGUCACCUCCAACAUGAGCUCAAACCAAGACCCUCCACCAGCUGCCAGCGACCAGGGAGAGGUAGAGAGUACACAGGGUGACAGCCCAAACAUCACCAGCUCCAGUGCCAUCACAACAACUGUGUCUUCCACGCUGCCACGAGCUGUGACCACUGUGACACAGUCCACACCAGUUCCAGGCCCUUCUGUGCCGAACAUCUCAUCACUGACUGAGACUACCCCAGGGGCUCUGACUUCCGAAGUCCCCAUCCCGGCCACGAUUACAGUGACCAUAGCCAACACAGAAACUUCUGACAUGCCCUUCUCUGCUGUUGACAUCCUGCAGCCCCCAGAGGAACUCCAGGUCUCACCAGGGCCUCGCCAGCAGCUGCCGCCACGGCAACUCCUGCAGUCUGCCUCCACACCUCUGAUGGGGGAAUCCGCCGAGGUCCUGUCAGCCUCCCAGACCCCUGAGCUCCAGGCCGCCGUGGAUCUGAGCAGCACAGGGGACCCAUCUUCAGGCCAGGAGCCUGCCAGCUCUGCUGUCGUGGCUACUGUGGUGGUCCAGCCACCCCCUCCCACCCAGUCUGAAGUAGACCAAUUAUCACUUCCCCAAGAGCUGAUGGCCGAGGCCCAGGCAGGCACCACAACCCUCAUGGUAACAGGGCUCACUCCAGAGGAGCUGGCGGUGACUGCUGCUGCUGAAGCAGCUGCCCAAGCUGCAGCCACUGAAGAAGCCCAAGCCUUGGCCAUCCAGGCUGUGCUCCAGGCCGCACAGCAGGCUGUCAUGGCAGGCACUGGAGAGCCCAUGGACACAUCUGAAGCGGCAGCGGCUGUGACACAGGCAGAACUGGGUCAUCUUUCAGCCGAGGGCCAAGAGGGCCAGGCCACCACCAUACCCAUUGUGCUGACACAGCAGGAGCUUGCAGCCCUGGUGCAGCAGCAACAGCAGCUUCAGGAGGCCCAGGCCCAACAGCAGCACCACCUCCCCACUGAGGCCCUGGCCCCAGCUGACAGCCUCAAUGACCCUACCAUCGAGAGCAACUGCCUCAAUGAGCUGGCUAGUGCUGUCCCCAGCACUGUGGCCCUGUUACCUUCGACAGCCACUGAAAGCCUGGCUCCAUCCAACACAUUUGUGGCUCCCCAGCCUGUUGUGGUAGCUAGCCCAGCAAAGAUGCAAGCUGCAGCUACUCUAACUGAAGUGGCCAAUGGCAUCGAGUCCCUGGGUGUGAAAGCAGACUUGCCACCCCCACCCAGCAAAGCCCCUGUGAAAAAGGAGAACCAGUGGUUUGAUGUAGGUGUCAUUAAGGGCACCAAUGUAAUGGUGACACACUAUUUCCUGCCAUCAGAUGAUGCUGUUCCAUCAGAUGAUGACUCAGGCAUGGUCCCAGACUAUAACCAGCUGAAGAAGCAGGAGCUACAGCCAGGCACAGCCUAUAAAUUUCGUGUUGCUGGCAUCAAUGCUUGUGGCCGGGGGCCCUUCAGUGAGAUCUCAGCCUUUAAGACGUGUCUGCCUGGUUUCCCAGGGGCUCCUUGUGCCAUCAAAAUCAGCAAGAGUCCAGAUGGUGCUCAUCUCACCUGGGAACCACCAUCUGUGACCUCUGGCAAGAUCAUCGAAUACUCUGUGUACCUGGCCAUCCAGAGCUCACAGGCUGGUGGGGAGCCCAAGAGCUCCACCCCAGCCCAGCUGGCCUUCAUGAGGGUGUACUGCGGUCCCAGCCCCUCCUGCCUUGUGCAGUCCUCCAGCCUCUCCAACGCCCACAUUGACUACACCACCAAGCCUGCGAUUAUCUUCCGCAUUGCUGCCCGUAACGAAAAGGGCUAUGGCCCAGCAACACAAGUGAGGUGGUUGCAAGAAACCAGUAAAGACAGCUCGGGCACGAAGCCGGCCAGCAAGCGGCCAAUGUCAUCUCCUGAAAUGAAAUCUGCUCCAAAGAAGUCUAAGGCUGACGGUCAGUGAGAAAGCUGGCCAGCACCUGGAUGCUCCAGACCCCUCUGCUUCAGGAACAGCCCUGUAGGGCCUACCCUCCCACCCUGCCCACCUGGCCUUUGCACUUCGCCCUCACCAGCCACUGGCCACCAUUCAGUCUCCCCUUUUCCCUCUGUUUUUACAAUAAAGAAAGCACAUUUUAACCAUUGCUGUUGGGAGGAAGCAGAAGGCAGACUGGAAAGAGCGGUGAGCAAACAAACGAACGAGUGAGAGUUGUGCUCCUUCUCCCCACCGUGUGCCCUGCCUGGGCAGAGUGAGACUGGACAGUUCAGAGACCUUGGGAAGAGAAAUUGAAACUGAAAACAAAGGAGAUAGCACCCACACUUAAGCCUGCACUUGUUUGUGGUUCAUUGCCCUUGGCCUGAGGGGCAGCCAAGGGCUGGGGGGAGGGUGUCCCCCAAGUCCCCUCAGAGAGGCUUUCCCAGGUAGGUGCCCCAUCCUGGGUGUCUGUCUGGUUCUGUUUUGUUGUGUUACUACCCUUGUGUUUCCGGCCACCUCCUGUACCUUUUUCAGGCUUAGCCAGCCGUAUCUCACCCAGCAAACCCCACAGGAAGGUUACACAUCUCAGCAGCCUUUGUGCUCCCACCUUCCCAACUCCCCUUCCUCUGCAAAGAGAAAAAGAAAAGAGGGAAAAGAAGGAGCAGAGCCUUGGGUGGUCUGAAUGGUGGCUGUGAAAUCUUCCUGAUAGGCAGAGUGGACCCCAGCUUUGGCCCACCUGGCUUGAGCCUGGAGGCCACAUCACCAACUGCUGCAUUUGUUGUAUUUUUUUAGGUUGAAAGUGAUGAAGUUAACAUUUUUAUUGUAAUUUUAGCCUUAGCGUGUGGGGGUUUAUCCCCGUUUUGUUAGCUGUGUA